AUGGCCCAGGGCUGGACUGCUUCUGGCCCUGCUCUCUCUCUCUUUGUCUUUCCAAUACCGACGUUUCGAUCGAUGCGGCGCUCGCACUAUAUGUGCAUGGGUCUGGAAAUCGCCACUAGCUCGGUACUGAAAGCCGUUGGCAGAAUUUGGAAAUAUCCAUUGCAGGCUUGAAGAGUCGCCGCUAGCUCGGUCCCCCAAGCCGUUGACAGACUCUCCAGGAAAAAACAUCGGCAAUGCCCCACACCACACACCACUCUCACGGCGGACUUGUCAAGCGCACCUGAACUGCUCUUUUCGGUGUUCUGGACUCCACUAUGUAGUAGAAGUCGAUGCCUGCGCCCGCCGCUAUUGUAGUGGUGUUUUGGUGAUGUGUCCACUCAAGGCCCGCGUGCAUUCGGAGGCCACCGACCGCGCUGAGACAGAUGGACAGACGGACAGAUGCACGUCUGGUGCGCAACACCCCGUCCACGCGACAC